AUGUCAUUAGCUAUUCAUCAAGAUGAUGCAGAUAUUUUAUUAAAACAAAAGAAUAUAUUAAAUGAAGAUAAUUUAGAAAAAUAUAGAGUUGCUGGUCAAAUUACUCAAACUGGUUUACAAUAUCUUAUAUCAUUAAUUAAUAAUUCAUAUCAUUUAAAAACCACGGCCAAAAUUUCAGUACAAGAUUUAUGUUUAUUAAGUGACUCAUUCUUAUUUAAACUAUUGAAUAAACAAUAUGUUAAUAAAGUUAUUGAAAAAGGUAUAUCUCAUCCAACAACUAUAAAUGUAAAUGAAUUAAUUAAUGGAUUUGCACCUGAAAUUGAUGAUGAAAGAGAAUUUUAUUUUAAAGAAGGUGAUGUUGUAACAUUAAGUUUAGGUGUUCAAAUUGAUGGUUAUACUUCCCAAGUUUCACAUACUAUUGUAAUUUAUCCGACUGAAAAUAAUAAACCUACUGGUCCAUUAUUAGGUAAUAAUGCUGAUGCUAUAUGUGCUUGUCAUAUUGCAAUUGAAUCAGUAAUUGCAUUAUUAGGAUGUUCAUUAAAUCCUGAAAAAUUACCACAAAAUUUACAAUCAAGUAAAAUCACCGGUAGUUUAAUUAGAAAUUUAGUGGAUUCAAUAGCUGAUCAAUUCAAUUGUAUUGUAUUACCUGGGUCAAAAAUUAGAAGAAUUAGAAGAUUUUUAGCUGGUCAAGCUGAAGGUAUAGUUGCAGAACGUGAUUUUAAAGGUGUUGUAUGGGAUGAAUCACAUCAAGAAAUUAGAUUAUUAAAACAAGGAAAUACAACACAAGAUUUAAUUGUUUCUGAAAAACCACAAAGUACAAAUAAUUCAUCAGCUGUUCCUAAUGAUGAAUUUUUCAUCGAACCUGGUGAAGUAUAUCAAAUCGAUUUAAAAAUGUCAGGAUUAUCAAAUUUAAAUGAAAUUGGUAUAAUUACAACAGAUGAAAUUGAUCAAUUUUCAGGUAAAAAUAAUAAACAAGAUUUUAAUAGUAAGAGUUCAAUUUUCAUACGUGAUUUUGCAAUAACUCAUCAAUUAAAAUUGAAAACUGCAAGAAAAAUGUUGGGUGAAGUUGAUAAGAAAUUUUCAGUAUACCCAUUUAAAUUAGAUUAUAUUGGAAAUGAAUUAAUUGAUAAUGAAAAAUCACAACAAGAGAUUAAUGAACAGAUAGCUAAACUUAAACAAUCAAUGAAAUCAAAUAGAUUAGGGGCAUCAGAAUUAAUAAAUCGUCAUUUAAUAAAAUCAAAACCAAUUCAAAUUACAAAAUUUGUACCAUUAAAAGAAAUUUUAUUAACUUCAAACCCAACUGGAAAACAUGGAAUUGAUUUAAGUAAACCAGUAUUACCAGGGAUGGAAAUUCCAUUACCUAAUAUAGGUAUAUCAAGUAUAAAAUUAAAAUCAUUAUUAAAAACUGGUUUUAAUAUAAGUAAUGUUAGAGAAUCAACUACUAUAAUAAUAAAUAAUAACAACAAUAAUGAAGUUUUAAGAUUAAAUGGUGGUGAACAAACUGCGAAUAUAAAUUGGAUACAUUCAAAUUAUAAAUUAAAUCAAGAUUUACAAGACACUAUAAACUAUUUAAUACAAUUAACUAAAGAUAAAAGAUUUGGUAUUAAUUUAAAAACUAUAAAUCCAUAUAAAUUGAAACAACAAAAUGCAUCUGUUGAAUCAAUGCAAAUAGACUAG